AUGUAUAAAAUUUCAAUUUUGAGUGUUACCUUCCCUAACAAUAAAAAUAAGUAAGAUAUAUACUGCAAAUUAUCUGAAGGUGAUUAAGUAUAUCAAACAAAGGUUGAUAUGGAUACUAUUACUAUUGCUAAAUGGGAUUAGAAUUUUAAUGUUAAAUAAACAUAAUCAGAAAUCACAUUUUCAAUACAUCUUUGGAAAGGAGAGAACAAAGAUUAAUUAAUUACUGAAAUUAAGACUAAAUGGGAAUAAUUGUUGACUAUGUUAAAUACAACUUAAACCUUAAAAUUUAAUAUAUGUGAAAUGAGUCUAAUGAUUGAAGAAGUUACAAUUCCUUCAAAUGAAGCUUAAAUUAAAUAAUUUUAAAAGUAUCUCUCUGAUACUGGUUUAGAACAAUCAUUUAAAUUAAUCUUUGCUGAAAUUCUAAGCAAAAAAAUUGAUCGAUCAGAAGUAUUUACAUAUACAGCUUUACGUUUAAGAUAGAUUGGAGAAGAUCUUAAAAUGUUUCUUACUAAUGUAAUAUUAUAAUUUGUAAUUUAGAAUCAUAAAAUGAGUUAGUUACUUAAUAAUAUAAGUGAGGUUUAAUAAGAUGAUGAACCAGAUCAAUUUUUAGAAAGUUAAGAUUAAUGA